UCAAGUAUCAACAGGCAAACUUUACAAGUCCACACCCCUGCACACACUCAUGCCCAUGCCUACCGUAGCAUUUGAGUUCAGCAACUCUAAUGAGAACUGCGACGAUACUUGGAUAUCCUUUGUUUUUUUGGCACAGAUCUUUCCACACGCCUGCUUUAGGUGACUGGAUAAACCUCCAUCGGAAUGAGACUUGUAGAGUUGAGGAGCAGGCAUCUAUGGCAUAAGUUGGGAUGACUGUAGACAAAGAUUCUUCUGCUGAUUGUGAGAUUCAUAAGGAGUGGCUGCUGUUGUUUCACAACAUUUGGAGAACCAAAUAUAGGAAGCCAAGUAGUUGGAAGCUGGUUUGGACUUGCUAGCUUCUUGCAGGUUGGUUCCCCUGCUCUCCCUCUUUUUUUCAAGCCCUUAAGGUACAAUCUAGGAUCCUCUGUACAUUCCUCUUUACCCUUUCCCAAUCCUCUUCAUUUCUUCAACCCUCUUUCCCCGCUUUCGGCAACAAUGGACUCAACCUUGUGGCAGUACCAGUUCAGGAUCAUCAUGCUGGGGGACUCCACAGUGGGGAAAUCCUCUCUGCUAAAGCGCUACACUGAAAACUUGUUCCUGGAGUCCAUCAACGAGACGGUGGGAGUAGACUUCUAUGUUCACUUCCUGGAGGUAGAGCCGGGCGUGCGCGUGAAGCUGCAGUUCUGGGACACAGCUGGACAGGAGAGGUUCAGGUCAGUGACCCGUUCUUAUUACCGCAACUCGGUCGGAGGCCUGCUGGUGUUCGACAUGUCCAACCGAGCCUCCUUCGACCACAUUAAGGAAUGGCACACUGAGGUAUGGGAGCGGGUGCAGCCUCACAGGGUUGUGUUCAUCCUGGUGGGCCAAAAGAGUGACAUGGACACUAAGGGGGGGAGGAUGGUGAGUCGAGAAGAGGCAGAGAAACUGGCCGGACAGCUGGGGGUACCCUACGCUGAGGUGUCCGCCAGAACAGGCCAGAAUGUGAAGGAGGCCUUUGAGCUGCUCACUCGGCGGGUCUACCAGGCUCUGAUGAGCGGAGAGGUGGAACUGCAGGAGGGCUGGGAUGGGGUCAAGUGUGCACCACAUUCUCUGCAGGCACACAGGGCCAGCCUGGCACACCUGGAAACAACCCCCAAGAACACCAAGAAGUGCUGUGAAAAGAUGUGAACCAUAUCAAGAGACGCUGAGGAUUAAAAAUGCAUCGUUUUGCACCUUUGAUGUGAAGUUAUAACUUGAUUCGACCAAAUAUUAUGUGACUUUUUUUGUACAAUAUUUUGACAUUUAUAGAAAUGGGCAGAUGUUUAAGUUAAAAUGUUUGGCGUGCUACGUGUUUCUUGAAAAGAAAGCAGCAGAGUCAUUCAGUCUACCACAUUGAUCUGAACUUUAAUACCUAUAAAACUACACAAAUAGAAAAGAAAGAAAGGCAGGGAGGGAUUGCCAUGACAUUUGGACUGGAAUCUAUCAAGAGGAUUAUUACCUACUCUGUGUGAUCCCUUGGCUGGUCAUGGGACCACCAGCAGGUUGACAUUUGUUUUGUGUUUAAUGCCUCGACAGAUUGACUGCUGUGGGAUUUACUUAACGGGUGUUUAUAUCUCUGAACUUUUUAGCCAAAGCUGUCAUUUCCAAAUUGUUUGGUUUGUAGCCAAAUAUCUGUGGAACAGCCAAACUUUGUGUUUACUACUAACUGGUGAGCGUUUGGAUCCUAAUGAGCUAAAAUACAAUGACGGAGCGGGUAGAUAUCACCUGCUACACAUCACCUUGUUAGCUUUGUCACUGUUUGCACGUUGAUGGUGUCUUAUUGCUGCCUCACAAGCAGCGCCACAGGCUUGAGUAUUUUUUAAUUGAAAAAUGCAGUGCUUGUAUUUAUAAGACUUUGAGGUUUAUUCUUUUGUUUCAUACGCUCGGUAUGACUUAUAAGCAUGAAUUGCAUCUUUGCUUGUCUUGGUUAGAGACAGGAGACAGCUUUACUGUCAGGUUCAUUCUGCAGGAAUUGUUUUUAACCCUCCUGUUUUGUUUGUUUCUCUGUAACAGCAAUAAUGUUACUGUGUCAGUUUGACCCGGGGCAUAUUCAUUUAUCCAAAACAUCCCAACACACAUUUUUUAAAAUCUAAUUUUUAACUCCAUUACUAACCAUUUAAAUAAAGAUUUGGUCCAUUGGUGUUCUUUGAUUCUUACAGAUCAUGGUUCAAUGAGAAUAACUCACUUGUUUUUCAUUAAAAUGUAUGUUAAAACUUUUUUAAUGUACUUUGGAAAGCCCUAAAUAUAAAUACAAUAGCUUUACAUUAAAUAUAUAUUUUUUGUUUAUUUCAUUUUAAAUGUUGAAUUUUUUUUAUUUUUAUGAAGUGAUGUCGAUAAAUUAACACGACUCCUCUUCGGUCACAUACUGCCCAGAUUCUUAUGCUGCAUUUAGCUGGUUUGGAAGGCAUAUAUUGAUUAAAUUAGAUUUUAAAAAUGGUCAAUUUGACCCGCAACAUAACAGGAGGGUUAAAUCUUCUCUUUUACAAAUAUGGUGAUCCUAAAACUUCUAAAGUGAAUAAACAAACUUAGGGGUCAUGACCCCAAGAGGUCUUAAAAAAUGCCUGAAAGGUUUCUUUAAUAAAUAAAGAAAACUGUUUUUGCUACUA